AGGGUGGAACUGUGCGCGCCACCCAAAGCUAAACCGAAGUGCUGGGCGCGGCUAAUUAGAAUACUGACUGGGUCCGCCCCAGAGCCUUCACCCUGUGCCCUCUGACCCGGGAGGAUCCACAACUGAGCAGCAGGCCAAGAAGUUACCUCGCCGCUGAACUCCCCAGGGCUGCCGCCCAGUUCAGCCAUGGAAGCCGCCAGCACCGCUGAGGCCACGGGCACAGGCAAGUACAUUGCCUCAACACAGAGACCUGACGGGACGUGGCGCAAGCAGCGGAGGGUCAAAGAAGGAUACGUGCCCCAAGAGGAGGUCCCAGUCUAUGAAAACAAAUAUGUGAAGUUUUUCAAGAGUAAACCAGAACUUCCCCCAGGGCUGAGCCCUGAGGCCACCAUAACACCAGUCACCCCAUCCAGACCUGAAGGUGGUGAAGCAGGCCUCUCCAAGACAGCCAAACGCAACCUAAAGCGGAAGGAAAAGAGGAGGCAGCAGCAGGAGAAAGACGCAGAGGCCUUGAGCAGGACUCUUGAUAAGGUGUCUCUGGGAGACACAGCCCAGACGCCUUGUGCUCUCCACGGCCCCCAGGCCAAGCCUCUAGCUGCCUCUGAUCCAUCCGACUCUGCUGCCACCACAGAGAAAGCUAAGAAGAUCAAGAACCUGAGGAAGAAGCUUCGACAGGUGGAGGAGCUGCAGCAGCGCAUCCAGGCCGGGGAGGUCAGCCAGCCCAGCAGAGAACAGCUGGAGAAGCUGGCUCGGCGGAGGCUGCUGGAGGAGGAGCUGGAGGACUUGGAGUUGGGCCUGUGAGGCUUCGGGAGUAAGGGAGUGGACUGCAGAACAAACCAUGGGGUGCUCUGGGGUCCAGGGAGCGUGGGCCGCAGCAGUCAGGAGGGGCACCCCCAUCCUGGCUCCUCCACCUCCUGUGGCCCGACUCCGUCCUCCAGAGCCUAGGCUCUCCUUCAUCCCCCCUUCUCCUCAGCUCCUGUUUCUGGACCUUCCCCUCCAUCCCAGUGUUCACACUCUGAGUGCCGACCCGAGGUACCUCUGCUGCUGAUCUGGGUGUCUUGUUGAAAAGGAAACCGGGGGGUGGGAGUCUGGAGUCUGUUAGGCCGAGGGUACAAGGAGUACCCACGUUUUGGAGUCUUGGUUCCUGUUCACGGUGUUUAUGAGUUACUUCCCUGGCCGCCCCAACCUCUUUCUCCCCCCACCUUUUUUUUUAAAGAAAGAAUAAAUUCAAGUAGACACA